GGCGCUGUCAUUAGAACAGGAGAGAAACCUAUGAGAAGCACUCUCUCACUCAGGAGGCGGGUCCUGUCCGGUUAUCGGGGCGUGAACAACUCUUCAUAUAACCUCCGUCCACAUUCCUCUUCCAGUCCGUCUGCUGAAGCAUUAACGGUCCUCUCCCUCUGAAAUGGCCCAGUCAACCCUCGACACUAUGCCCGGAGCCUCGACCGGCACCGUGGUGGUCUCAGAGCCGCUGAACUUCUGGGGAGGGAAGCGAGUGAAGCCCUGGCAGCAGAAGGACGCAGAGCCGGUGUUUGAACCAGCGACUGGCCGGGUCUUGUGUCAGAUGGUCCCCUGCGGAGCCGAGGAGGUUGACGAGGCCAUAAAGAGCGCCCAAGCUGCCUACCUACAGUGGAGGAAGAUGUCAGGCAUGGAGAGGGCCCGGGUGAUGUUAGAGGCCGCCCGCAUUAUCAGGGAAAGAAGGGAGAAGAUUGCAAAGCUGGAAGUGAUCAACAAUGGCAAGUCCAUCACUGAAGCACUGGUGGAUAUUGAUGUCGCCUGGCAGUGCAUUGAGUACUAUGCUGGUAUGGCGGGUACACUGGCAGGCCAGCACGUCCAGCUUCCCGGCGGAUCCUUCGCUUACACCAGGAGGGAGCCCCUUGGUGUGUGCGUGGGGAUCGGUGCGUGGAAUUACCCCUUCCAGAUUGCUUCAUGGAAGUCUGCUCCUGCUCUGGCAUGUGGUAACGCCAUGGUGUUUAAGCCCUCUCCGAUGACUCCUGUGACUGCCGUCAUUCUGGCUGAGAUUUACAAAGAGGCGGGGGUCCCCGAUGGGCUCUUCUGUGUGGUACAAGGCGGAGCAGAAACCGGCACCUUGCUUUGCAAUCACCCGCAGGUCGCCAAAGUCUCCUUCACUGGCAGUGUGCCAACAGGCAAAAAGGUCAUGGAGAUGUCUUCAAAGGGGGUGAAGCAGGUGACUCUGGAGCUCGGAGGGAAAUCUCCCCUCCUGAUCUUCAAAGACUGCGAGCUGGAAAACGCAGUGAAGGGAGCACUCAUGGCAAACUUCCUGACACAGGGACAGGUUUGCUGCAACGGGACCAGAGUGUACGUGCAGAGAGAGAUCCUGCCCAAGUUCCUGGAGGAAGUGGUGAAGAGGACCAAGGUCAUCGCGAUUGGCGACCCCCUGUUGGACGGCACCCGGAUGGGAGCGCUGAUCAGCAAGCCGCAACUGGAGAAAGUGCUGGGAUUCGUCACUCAGGCCAAGAAAGAGGGAGCCAAAGUGCUUUGUGGAGGAGAGCCAUUUGUCCCCAGUGACCCCAAAUUGAAAGGGGGCUACUUCAUGUCACCCUGUGUGCUUGAAAACUGCAGAGAUGACAUGACCUGCGUGAAGGAGGAGAUUUUUGGCCCGGUCAUGUCUGUGCUGCCUUUCGACACCGAGGAGGAAGUGCUCCAAAGGGCCAACAACACCACCUUCGGAUUGGCCUCCGGAGUCUUCACCAGGGAUAUUUCUCGAGCCCAUCGCGUGGCUGAGAACCUGGAGGCGGGGACCUGCUUCAUAAACAACUACAACAUCAGCCCUGUGGAGGUGCCAUUUGGAGGAUACAAGAUGUCAGGCUUCGGCAGAGAGAACGGCCAGGUGACUAUCGAGUACUACUCCCAGCUGAAGACUGUGGUCGUGGAAAUGGGCGACGUCGAGAGCCUCUUCUAAACUCCUCUCACCGAGUUGACACUGCUGCACCAGAACUGUGACUAAAACACUUCACUUCUCCCUUCGGCCAUGUGCUACUGUAUAUGCACCAGACACGAGUACAUGUAGCAUCCUCUUCUUUGCCCUAUGUUUAUAUCAUACCUGCGUAUUUGGAGGUGCAGGUCUGUAUGAAAUGCCCAUGUAAGAACUGAAUAAGUGGACCCUCUAACAAAUAACUCUAAUUUCUUUACCCAACAAGUGAACCUAAUUUUGUUUUAACCAACUAAAUGAAUAAGAACACUUGCUGAUCCAAGAGCCUUAAUUAGAAAUGCUGUGUAGUGAACUGUGAAUCAGCAUUAAUCAGUCGAUGUCUGAAUUUUAUACUGUGUGUAUGUUUGACUAACACACUAUUGGACAACUAACGCCUUUUUAUCAAAAUAAAAUGUUUUAGAUACAAAGUC